AUGGCCUACCCAUCGCUCAACUUCAUUACUUUCAACCAGGACCACAGCUGUACCUCGAAAGGCUUCCGCAUAUAUCACACCGAUCCGUUCUCGAGGAUAUUCAGCAGCGAUGACGGCAACAUCGCCAUCAUCGAGAUGCUCUUCUCUACCUCGCUUGUCGCCCUCAUUCUAUCCCCGCGACACUUGGUGAUCCAGAACACAAAGAGAGCCUCCAUCAUUUGCGAACUUACCUUUCCUUCCUCCGUCCUCGCUGUGCGUCUUAAUCGUAAGCGCCUCGCCGUCGUCCUCGAGGAGGAGAUUUACCUUUACGACAUCAGCAACAUGAGCCUCCUCUACACCAUACCCACAUCCCCGAAUCCCUUUGCCAUUUUCGCCCUGUCACCAUCGUCGGAGAACUGCUUUAUUGCCUACCCGCUUCCAAAGCCUCGCGAAGACGUGGACUCGAAGAGGCCCUCUCACGCCCCACCCCAGUCUACAUAUGUUCCCCCGACAUCUGGCGAAGUCCUCGUCUUCGACACACUAACUCUCAAAGCCGUCAACGUCGUCGAGGCCCACCGCUCGCCCUUGUGCUGCAUAUGUCUCAGCAAUGACGGUACUCUCAUGGCUACGGCCAGUGAGACGGGCACCAUUGUGCGAGUUUUCUCGGUCCCUCGGGGCCAGAAGCUGUACCAGUUCAGGCGAGGGACCUACCCGUCUACCAUCUACAGCAUGUCCUUCAACCUCAGCUCCACUUUGCUGUGCGUCUCUUCCACUUCCGACACGAUCCAUAUUUUCCGUCUUGGCCCUCUCCCAGGAAACACAACCCCCGCAGGUGCUCCGAUAGAGUCGCCAGGGUCGCCAGAAUCGCCGAGGCAGGGUCGUCGGUCACGGACCCGAAGCAACGAGGAGGCCGACUCUCCCAGCAACAGUGCAGCCGAAUCUCCUGGAAGCGAGGCGGCAGAACCUGCGCCAGGCAGCAGCCCCGCCCGGGCAAGGCUCAACCACCGCCGGCAGAGUGGCUCGUUCAGCACGAUUCUACGGCGCUCGUCGCAAAUGAUGGGCCGUGGUGUUGCUGGCGUCGUGGGCUCGUAUUUGCCCCAGUCCGUCACGGAGAUGUGGGAGCCCUUGAGAGAUUUUGCCUACAUAAAAAUACCCAAAUCGGCCACAUCUGGAGGUCAGCCCCGUCCAUCAAGGGGGCUCGGUUCCUUGCGAAGCGUCGUGGCAAUGAGCAGCAGCAGUCCACAGGUCAUGGUGGUGACAAGCGAUGGCGACUUUUACGUUUACAACAUCGACAUGGAGAAUGGAGGCGAAGGUUACUUGGUGAAGCAGUUCUCUGUCGUGGAUGGCGACGAUAAAAACGACAUUCGAAGCUACGGCAGUUAG